AUAAGUUAAGGAGUAAGAACUGCAAAACUCUAGGCUUCUACAAUUUUUUAAACGCAGGCAGUUGUAGGAGGUUAGUUUUUGUUUAUUUUUCUACUAUGGAGGAAGAGUUAGAUACAGUUGAUUCCUCAGAUUCGGUUUGUGAUGCCUGUCCCCAUUACGUGAGGGACAAUGAAAUUAAAGCCGAGUGUUGUGGCCGCUUUUAUGGCUGCCGAUUAUGUCACGAUGAGAAGGUUUCUGAUCACACAAUAGACCGUUUUUCUACUAAAAAGAUGAGAUGUAAGCAUUGUGGUUUCGUGCAAAAAGUUGGCCCUGCUUGUGUAAACUCCGGCUGUGAUGCUUUCAAAAAUACUUACUAUUUUUGCGAAAUUUGUAAGUUUUGGUCCAAUGAUAAAAGCAAGAAAAUAUACCAUUGCAGUGACUGCGGCAUAUGUCGCGUAGGCUCCGCUGAAAAGAUUUUUUUCCACUGCCACCGUUGCAAGGUGUGCUUUCCUUGCGAUACUGAUGAGGAAAAACAUUAUUGCCUUCCAGGCGCCUCGGAGGACAAUUGUCCUAUUUGCUACGUUUAUAUGCACGAUUCUGUCAGACCUAUUAUAUUUAUGAGUUGUGGCCACGCCAUUCAUGCCGAUUGCUGGAAGGAAUACGCCAAGUCAGGACAGUUUAGAUGCCCCCUUUGCAAAAGGACAGCUUUUCAAAGUGCUGAGUACGACGCGCUUCUUGAGGCAGCCACUCAAAUGCCCAUGCCACCAGCUUAUUGCAAGUGGUCGGUUGAAAUUCUUUGCAACGACUGCCUCGCCAAAUCGACAACUUCCUUUCACUUUUAUGGCAACCGCUGUCUUCCCUGUAAAAGUUUUAAUACUUCAAUAAUACGAACAAUUCCAGAGGAUAGGGAGUCUCUUGGGGAAGCGCAAGCCACUGAUGAUACACUGGAGGAGAGAUUUGUCCCCGAUCCCGAAUAACUACUGCUUUAAAU